AUGGCCCUCCUUAUUGACAUCCUAAUAAUUUCAAAAGACGCUCUGUCCAGGCUCUUCUCCCGCUGCGGGCACGUCCAGUCUGUGGAUGUCUGUGAGAAGCCGGAGCCGGGGGACAAAAAAGGAAAACGCGCGUCCAAGUUCUUCAGCUGCAAACCUGCCACGGGAUUUCAAGUAGCGUAUGUGGUGUUUAAGAAACCAGCUGGUGUCCAGGCAGCAAAAGCCCUGUCACAGGAAGGUCCCUUGCUGAUAUCAACAGAGAGUCACCCUGUGAAAACUGGCAUUAGCAAGUGGAUUGCCAGCUAUGCAGCCUCAGUUGUGGAUCCGGAGGAGCUGAAGGCUGAGGUGGACAACUACAUGGAAGACUACGACAAAAAGAUGGCAGAGGAAGAAGCCAAAGCAGCCCAGGAGGAGGGCGUUCCAGAUGAGGAGGGCUGGGUGAAGGUGACACGGAAGGGCCGAAAGCCCGGCCUGCCCCGCACAGAGGCUGCCAACCUGCGGCUGCUGGAGAGGGAGAAACAGAAAAGAGCUCGCAAAGAGCUGCUCAACUUCUAUGCCUGGCAGCAUCGUGAGACCAAGAGAGAGCACAUUGCCCAGUUGAGGAAGAAGUUUGAGGAGGACAAGCAGAGGAUUGCCCUCAUGCGAGCCCAGCGCAAGUUUCGGCCGUACUAAGCUGUGAGGAGCUGUUUCCUCGGAUGCCUGUCGUGGAGAAGGUGGGAGAGGUGCCUAUGGACUCCAUGUGCCAAAGGAUUUCAAACUGAGGCAGCUUCAGGUUGUCCCCACCCU